AUGUUCGAUGAUAGAUUUUUAGAAUCUGCUAGCAAUGGUGCUCAUUUUAUAGAAUUUUGUGCAGUGCAUGUGAUUAUUGGGUAUGGUGUUUAUGGAAGAGCUUUUAGCCCACGAUUACUUUGGAUGUGGCUACAAGUGUUUUUACCCCAAUUAAAUCAUGAUGCUAUCACAAAUGAUGAUCAGUUUAAUAAUAAUGUGGUCAAUUUACGCCAAUUCUCCAAUAGUUGCAUUAGGAAAGAUGAAGCAACCGUUAAUUCAAUAAAGGUGAAAGCAAAUACUGAUCCAAAUGUUUCUACGAAAGAAACAUAUGAAAGCAUAAAAGAAAAAAUAAUUAAAGAUAUAAUGUUGGAUAAUGAUGCUAUAAAAUUAAUGACAAGUGAAAAAAAUCCAGAGUUAAAAAAUGCCGAAGCUUGGAAUCAAUUGAUAAUUGAAUAUGAAAAAACUUUUAAUACUUCCAACUCAAGAAGCAUAUACAGCAAUUUUAAAAAGUCUAUCAUUAUUUCACUUUUCAUCAACAACAAAAUUUCUCAACGUGUAAAAAAAUUUAAUUUCGCACUGGAAACUUAUGAUAAUUUUAUUAGGAGUGGCAAGUUGAAACCAAAUGCUGAUACUUGCUUGCAAAUCUUGAAAACAUGUUCAGCAAAUUGUACAAGGCAACCAAAGAAAGCUUAUGAAAUGGCAACAGAUGUUUGGAACAAGUUUGUUAAAAAUGAUCAGCAGCAGGGCAAGGAAAAUGCUAAUAAUUCAAUGAUGGUUGAUAAUGAAUUGAUUAAUCAUUUAAUUACUGUUUUUAAAUUUACUGAUCACACACAAGAAGCUUUUGAUAUUGUUGAUGAGUUUUAUGGAAUUGGUAAAUCUGCCAUAAUAAAUUCUUCAGAAUCAACAAAGGAUGAUUCAUUGAAAUUACCAAUUACAAAUGAUAUAAUGUAUAGUAUUUUUAGUUUAUGUUUUAAAACAAAACAAUUAGGUUUAGGAAUAAAAUAUUAUAACCAAAUUAUGACAAAAUAUCCAGAUUUUUCACUUGACAUCAACAAUUAUAAUAGUUUAAUUUCACUUUAUAAUUUAAAUUAUCAGUUUAACCAAACUCUUGGAACAUACCAUGAUCAAUUUAAAAAAUUUAAUCUUAUUCAAAACAAUAACACAUUUGAAUCAUUGAUUUUUGCAUGUCAAAAUCUUCGAGAUCUGAACACAGCAAAAGAAAUUCUUGAGAAUGCUGUUGAGAAUCAAAUGAUUUUGAAAUCAACUAGCCUAACAAAAAUAUUGAGACUGGUGUUGGAACAAGCUAGAACUACAGACAAUUAUGAUGAUGUUUGUUGGCUAUUGGAAAAAGUGGAUAAAACAGGAGACAUUGAUUUUAAUAAAGAAAAGAAGGGAAUUAUUUUGAUUAAUGAUAUGAAUGAUAAACAACUUCUACAUGGUCUUUCAUCAGCUUAUGAAAUUGCAUUGCAGGAAGUUAAAGACUUAUCCAAGGAGAAAAGAGCUCAAUGGGCAGAAGAUAAAAAGUUCUUUGAUCAUAAGGCUGACAGGUUGAAUGAAUCCAUAUCAAAAUCUUUUUCACGACAACAAAAUAAUAUCUAUAUAGAUAAUUUGAGGAUAAAAAAAACAUACCAAGGAAGACAGAACACUCAAAAUGAUAAGAGCUGGUAUGAUGAUCCUGAUGAAAAUAUAUCAAAACAAUUUCCAAAUUUAAAUCAUAGAUAUAACAGAUAUUAUUCUCCAAAAUCAUCAUCAUAUAUGGGAAAUAGUGCACCAAUUUAUUAUAAUCUGGAUGAAGGUUUUAGUCAUCCACCACCACAAUAUCAAAAAUCAUACUAUAGUGAAGGAUAUUAUUCUGCACCAAUGUAUUAUAAUCCCAAUGAAAGUUUCAGUCAUUCAUCACCACAAUAUCAAAAACCAUAUUAUGGUGAAGGAUUUUAUUCUUCAAGAUCAUCAUCAUCAUAUAUGAGAAUGCAUUAUAAUACACAUGAAGGUUUUAGACAUCCACCACCACCUUCUUCACCUUCUGAAUUGUCAUCAUCUCCAAUAUCUGAUUAUCCACCAUCAAGAAUACCUAGACAACCAUAUGGUAGCUUUAGGAGAAAGUAUAAUAGAAGACCAAGUGGAUAUUAUAGACCACCACGUAUUAAUAGAAACUCUGAAUAUCAUGGACCAACUCAUAAUAAUAAUUGA